GGAAGUGGUGUUGCCGUCAGCUGGGCUUCUCGCCGCCCGCUCGCUCGCUCAGGCAGAGGAAGAGGGUCGUCGUCGAGGAAGGAUGUCUGAAUACGAGGCCGCCCAGCGGGGCCCGCUGCGGUUGAAGGGAGACGCUGGUGCGGUGUCUGCGGCCAAGAGGAAGAAGAAGAAAGCUAAGGAAAAGAGCAAGAUUGUGGACCAGACCGUGAGCAGCAAGAAGCAGGAGGAAGAGAGGAUACGGGCCCUGGACAAGCGGACUCCUGCACAGCUGGCCUAUGAGAAGACUCAGGAGAAGCGGCAAAUAGAACGGAUCCUGAAGAAAGCCUCCAAAACCCACAAGCAGAGAGUGGAGGAUUUCAAUCGGCAUCUGGAUACUCUGACAGAACAUUAUGACAUACCAAAAGUCAGCUGGACGAAAUGAGCGUAUUUGUCUUUUGGGAGAUUUGCUUCCAAAAUGUGUUCUCUAGACUAGCUCUCUGGCUUGUUCUGACACUUCCACAAACCCCUCUUUCCCAUGUGAUCGUUUGCAUAAAAUUUGUGGUCUGGCUUACUUUCUGCAAGUAACAGCAGCUGUUUCCUUUCACCCAUGCUCUUUCAGUCCUCUUGUUGUAGUGUUAAAUAACUGAUUUGAGUGCAAUUUUAUUAGACGCCUAAAAGGCCAGAUACAGAAUAUGAAUAAACAUGAACCUUCUGCUUUCUA